AAGGCGUCCAUUGACUUUACCACUGACUUUUUCCGCCCCACAUUUUGUAGCCGUUGCUCACUCUUUCACAAUAUACGUUUACACACUAAUAAGCACAGGAGAAGAAGAAGAACAAACGGCGACUCUUUCUUCUGCCAUGGAAACUAGACUAAGCACCCCUUUCUCGGUCCCAAAGCUGCCGUCUUUGAAGAGAAAGAGACCUCCCCAGAUAGAAAUCCCCAAUAUCCUCCAAGAAAUUCAAUCUGAUGACCUCAGAUUCAGAGACUCUGCUCACCAAAACGACGCCGUGUGCUCCGGAGGAAACGGGUUCGGCGUUGUCUCCAGAAAGGGGAAGAAGAAGUUCAUGGAAGACAGUCACAGAGUUGCUCCUUGUUCUGUCGGAAGCUCAGACACGAGCUUCUUUGGAGUUUAUGAUGGCCAUGGAGGUUGUAAAGCUGCAGACUUUGUAGCUGAGAAUCUGCACAAGAAUGUUCUUGAGAUGCUGAAGGAUUGCAAGGAGAAAGAAGAAGCCUUUAAAGCUGCUUAUUUGAGGACUGAUCGUGAUUUCCUGGAAGAGGGUGUAGUGAGUGGUGCCUGCUGUGUUACAGCUUUGAUACAAAACCAGGAGAUGAUUGUCUCGAAUUUGGGAGAUUGUAGAGCUGUUCUUUGUCGUGGAGGAGUAGCUGAGGCUCUUACAACUGAUCACAGAGCUGGAAGAGACGAUGAACGCAAAAGAAUCGAGAAUCAGGGAGGUUAUUUGGAGUUCCAUCGAGGGGCCUGGCGAGUUCAUGGAAUACUAGCUAUCUCCAGAAGCAUUGGGGAUGCACAUUUAAAGAAAUGGGUGGUUGCUGAACCGGAGACACGAAUACUCGAUUUGGAACAAGAUAUGGAGUUUCUUGUCUUAGCUUCUGAUGGACUCUGGGAUGUGGUUAGUAACCAAGAAGCAGUUGACACUGUACUGAGCGUUCUAGCUCAGAGAAAGACACCUAGAGAAACCGAGGACGAGGGUUUGUUCAAGGGGCUGGUCAAUGUAAGUCCAUCUUCAAAACUUCGGCGAGUUUCGCUUGUAAAGCAAAGAAAGGAGUUGUUGCCAGCUCAAUCUCCCAAGUGUGCAAAACCUUACCACUCAGAGAAUGAAUCACCCUCCUACCAUGAAAUGGGGAGUCCACCUUCGAAGGCACGGAAGAUCACCGCCUUGAAGCGAAUAAAGAUGAAGGCUGAGUCUUCUUGGGCCAAGGCGGCUUCCAAAGAGCUUGUGAACCUUGCCGUGAGUAGAGGUAGUAUGGAUGAUAUCACAGUGGUGAUUGUUGAUCUCAACCACUAUAAAUGCUGAAAAGCCUCAUCAUCACCCUUAACAUACCUAUGCUUUGUAUUCUAUGUUGUUUCAUAUCCUUUGAUUAUUAUGUAAAUGCUUGUUGACUAUUAUGAACCUAUCUCACCAAAAAUCUUAUUACCAAUCUUAAAAGUUC